UUAUUGCGCUUCCUUCUUCAUUACAAUCUCUCCUUCAUUGCCCUCAAUAUUCCCUCUCGUUUCUUCAUCUUCUUCCUGCAACCAUGUCCGCUUCAUCCGAAACUCCGAUCGAUGAGCCCCUGUCUGCUGGUGACGAAGCAUCUAAAGCUGUCAGCAAGAAGGCCGCCAAGAAGGAGGCUGCCAAGCUGGAAAAGUUGCGCCGUCGCCAGGAAGCUGCCGCCGAAGCUGCUAUUUCGUCUCUCAAUGUCGAGGACGACCCACUCUCCGCUAACUAUGGCGAUGUACCUCUCUCCGAUCUUCAAUCCAAGGAGGCUAAGGAUGUCGCGAACUGGACUCAGGUUGGCUCUUUGACGGGGGAGCUUAAAGACAAGUAUGUGAUUCUACGGGGACGAAUUCAGACGAUCCGUGCUGUUGCCAAGAAGAUGGCGUUUCUCGUGGUGAGAGAAAAGGGAUUCACCGUGCAGUGCGUUGUAUCGGAGCAGCCGGAACUCGUCAGUCGCCAGAUGGUGAAGUAUGUCGUUGGAUUGAGCCGUGAAUCCAUUGUCGACGUUGAAGGAGUCGUGUCUGUGCCCAAUGUUGCCAUUAAAGGUGCUACGCAGCAGGUGGAGAUUCAAGUGAGGAAAGUAUACUGCAUCAGUAAGGCAAUGCCGAGUCUGCCUAUAAAUAUUGAGGAUGCUGCCCGUAGUGAAGCUGAGAUUGAAAAAGCGUUGCAGGCUGGUGAGCAACUAGUACGUGUAAAUCAGGAUACGCGGUUGAACUACAGAGUUCUUGACAUGCGAACUCCAGCUAAUCAAGGAAUUUUUCGCAUUCAAUGUCAAGUUGGAACAAUAUUUCGACAAUUUCUGUUGUCCGAAGGCUUUGUUGAAAUCCAUACACCAAAAUUGAUUGGGGGUUCCAGUGAAGGUGGUGCUUCUGUAUUUAGGUUGGACUACAAAGGUCAACCCGCUUGCCUGGCUCAGUCACCUCAGCUUCAUAAGCAAAUGUCAAUCUGCGGCGACUUCGGCCGUGUAUUUGAGAUUGGUCCUGUUUUCAGAGCAGAGGACUCAUUCACACAUAGACAUUUAUGUGAAUUUACAGGACUUGAUGUUGAAAUGGAGAUCAAAACCCAUUAUUCUGAGGUCAUGGACAUCGUGGACCGAUUAUUUGUCUCAAUGUUCGACAGUAUGAAUCAAAACUGUAAGAAGGAGCUUGAAGCAAUUGAUAAACAGUAUCCCUUUGAGCCUUUGAAGUACUUGCGAAACACUCUACGCCUUACAUUUGAGGAAGGAAUUCAGAUGUUGAAGGAUGCUGGCGUUGAAAUCGAUCCUCUCGGGGAUCUUAAUACAGAGGCUGAGAGGAAAUUGGGACGACUCGUCCUAGAGAAGUAUGGCACAGAGUUCUACAUUCUUCACCGCUAUCCUUUGUCUGUUAGGCCAUUCUACACUAUGCCUUGCCAUGAUAACCCAACUUACAGUAACUCAUUUGAUGUCUUUAUUCGAGGGGAAGAAAUCAUUUCUGGGGCUCAGCGUGUUCACGUGCCAGAAUUUCUUACAGAACGCGCUCAAGCAUGUGGGAUCGAUGUAAAAACCAUAGAAACUUACAUCGAUUCGUUUAGGUAUGGCGCUCCCCCACACGGUGGAUUCGGAGUAGGUUUGGAGCGUGUAGUGAUGCUUUUUUGUGGUUUGAAUAACAUUCGGAAAACAUCAUUGUUCCCUCGCGACCCACAGAGGAUUGCUCCUUAGAAUUGCACCAGUAAUAAUGUAAUUCCAGUUUUUGAAUUGACAUUUUGUUGCCUCUUCCGCACUUCAUAGGGAAAAUAUGAAUUUCAGAUCUCUGCAGGAUGGUGUAUUGAAUACAAUUGUUUGCAACGUUAUAAUGCAAAGUUUGUUUUGACCA